CAAGUGUAAACAAAACCAAUUGCAAUCACGGAAAAUCUCGUGGAAAAGCCCCCUAAAAUGCUCCCCAAGUGCACACAGUGCGACAGAACUACGUCUGUGAUGUGGUGGAAUGUCGCGAAUGGGGAAAUCUGCAAUGAGUGCAACGAGACGAAGAAGAAUGGCGAUGGCGAUGAUUGUUCAGAGGAGAAGAGCAUUCGCAAGAGCACGAGAAUCACCAGGAUGAGGAUUAAGUACAAUGCGGGCAUUGUCAGGGGCAUUCCCAAGGGCAAAUCGAGGCGAAAUAUUUUCAAGAAGGCCCCACCGACCAAAACACCCACUGUCACGGCCACGACCACCACCAUGGAGAGUCUCUUCUUCGGCCAGACUUACUUUCAGGUCGGAGACAUCGUCUCCCUGGUGGACAAGGAGCAGAACCUGUACUACGCACAAAUCCGUGGACUUUUGCAGGACAGUUUCUGCGAGAAAUCCGCCGUGAUUACUUGGCUCAUCCCGACAACAGACAGCCCGCCGCCGAACGUGGAAUUCGACCCGGCCACCUACUUGAUCGGCCCCGAUGAGGACUUCCCGCGGAGGCUCUCCACCAUGAAAUUCGUCAUGCACGCACCCAACGACUAUUACAAGCAGAGCUGCCCUUAUCCGAAGCCUUAUGCGCUCGAUGGUCAGGAUAUCGAUACAAAAUCGUAUAUUUGGUCGAGACUCUAG